GAAAGAUAAGAAGACAAAGGACAAGAAAGAAAAGAAAAAGUCGAAAAAGAAAGCUGAAUACAAGGAAUUGCCUCAGCCCCCAGAGAUAUCGGAUUUGACAAGUUCUGUUGACGUGACCAAUUUCAACGGAGACACUCGAAACCUUGAAGACGCCGUCACAAUAUCUGUUAAGAUAGAAACAACCGAUUCUGACAACAUGCGAGGGAAGGAAAACACAAGACCUACCACCGUGUGUGAGGGACGCUUAGCCCGUCAAGCCUCACCCAAUGGACCCGGUGUCAGUGCCCUGAGAGAAAAAUUUGGCGCCAAAGCAACAGGUACGCCUUGUCGGCCUGUCUCCUACCCAGCCUCACGGCUACAGAACGAGUCACCUACAGCUGAACUUCGUCAACCAGUUCACAGGAAGUCAUUCGGCUUCAACAGGCUGGAGGAAACACCGCAAAAACAGACAGGCAAGAACAGAAAUGCGGACGGAAACGUAAGCGCUCUAAAACAAAAGUUUGGCGGGACGCAUGCAGCAUCUCCGCCGUCACCGACAAGAACACAAAACACAUCAUUCGUAACACCUACAACAAAGGCAGUAGCAACACCGGCAACAAAGACAGUAGCAACGCCGAGCAAGUUUGGUGCAGUGGCGAACAAGUGGCAACCCAAACAGAGCAGUACACCUAGCGAUACGAAGACGACAUCGAGGAACCACAACGACCACGCAGUCACACCGACGACGACUACGACUACGACCACCACCGGUAUCAGUGCUCUCAGAAAUAGAUUCAAUAGUAACUCUGAUGACGCAACGAGUGUCAAACCAGCUGGUCAGACGAACAUCACUCCUGAUAAGAAGAGAAAGAAAGCUGAUGAUGAGAAGAGAGCUGAAGAACAAAUUGAAAAGGAAAACGAGAAGAACCGAUCACCUCGCAAACAUUGGCGUAACUGGUCUCCUAAGAAAGAACAAAACACCCCCAUCAGAGAGGCAUCACCUACCAAAGAAACAUCCCCCAGGAAACGAAAGAGCGUCUUUAACAAUAUCACAAGAUCCAAGUCAAAGCACGACAAUAAAGACGAGGUAGAGGAAUCGCCGCUUAUUACUACAAGGAUUGUGGAUAAUAAAGCUGAGGAAGCUGAAAAGGAAAGAGCAAGACAGCUGAUUUCGAAUCGAACCAGUGCACUCAUCUAUGGCGUCAAACCUACACCACAGACAAUAACGCCAUCUAGAGUACAGUUUGAGGAGUCAGUACCGAAGAGAACGAGAAGAGAUGACAGUCCCAAGGAGCGACCCAAGACAGAAUAUAACUUCCAGAAUGUAUCUCCACCAAGACCAAAAUCGAUGGCUGAUACGAACCAGCUUUUCUCAUCCCCUGGUAACAUUAGCAACAUGACACCUGUUAAAGGAACCAACAUCAUCAAGAAUCCUACUACCAAAACUCAGAGACUACUUCAAUGGUGUCAAAUACACACGCAGGGAUAUGAUGGAGUUUGCGUGUCGAACUUUCAUUCGUCGUGGGCUGAUGGUCUAGCUUUCUGUGCCUUAGUAAACAAGUUCGUCCCCAACGCCUUCGAUUUCAACACACUCAAUAGCAACAACAGGAGUCACAACUUCGAUCUCGCAUUUUCAUCAGCCGAGAAAUACGCCAACGUACCCCGUCUUCUCGACACCAAAGACAUGAUUGAGAUGGGCGAUAAACCAGAUUGGAAAUGCGUUUUUACCUAUAUGACGUCACUUUACGCUGGACUCAACAAACUCGCCAAUUGAGAAGAUAACACGUACUUGACUGUUAAAAACUCUAAAUCUGCAUUGUGAUGACAUGGAGAUGAGAUUCCUAUGGCCACCACGGCGGCGUAAAAUGGUAGAUUCCAGAGGAAAGAUAAUUUUUUUGUCCAGGGAUCGAGGAUCUAAUCCUAUGAUGUUUGAAAUGCGUUCAACUAUCCCCUGCCAACGCAUACUAUGUCUUGUCGAAGCACUUAAAAGAAGUUACUCUUUUCCACGCCAACGGGUCACCUGACGAAAUAGGCCUACAUAAAUGCAUAUUAGCCUUAAUACCAGAAGAAAUACUCGUAGUGCUUUAUAUCAAACACAUAAUAAUCCACGUUCCUUAUAGAGCAUACAUUUAACGAAACAAUGGCUUGAAUUGAAAAAAAUAUUUAUGAAUUUCCGAUAACUUGGCAUACCGUUGGACCGUAGAGAUUUACAGUGUCAGCAAUGGUGUAAAAGACCGAACUAAAAGGCCCCUACUGCUUGGUAUAGUUGAUGUACAUCUCAAUGAGUUUAAGGAUAGGAUUUCUUCCUAGAUCGGAGAAAUGUCAGGAUUUCUUGUUUAUUGGAAAAUAUUAGAAAGAGUUGAAACGUUACACCGAGAUUAGUAAACAUAUUCUUGAAUUUAAAAGUCUAUUAAUUAAAAAAAAAAAAUUGUUUUAUUAGAGAGAGAGAGUGAGAGAGAGAGAGAGAGAGAGAGAGAGAGUUAAAGGGCUCGGGAAAGGUUUUUAAGUUGGGGUUGAACUUAAGAAUAAUUGCGAUCCAUUCUUAUCAAUUAUUUUAGCAGUGUUUUAUAUUUCUUUUACACAAAAUAUAUUGAAAAUUGUAUGGACUACAUUAAUAUGUGAUAGAUAUCUUUAUGAAUGUGUAAUGUGUGCUAUUUUACAAUUUUUUAUCAAAAUAAUUUUUAAAAUAUUGUUUUAUUUAAACAACUUUUAUGCCUUAUUCUUUAUAUAUCUUUUCCUUUGCAUGCAUACGAUAUAGCGCGGAAAGAAAUAUUUGUAUAUACUGUGUAAUUUGAAAAAAGAGAAACAUUCCGUGUAAAUAAUGAUUGCCUAACUGUACUCAUUUCACUGUAAUGAAAUAUAUGUUAAAAAAAAAUAGGCAAGGCAAUGAUCGAGCAGAGACAAAGGAUAGCAAGAAAAGCAAAUCUAGUACAACAUCACUUUGAUAUCACUUGCAUUUCUUUUUUAUUCAAAAAUUCACAUUCUACCUUUUAUCUUUGAAGUAAUGCUUGUCUUCUUUUUACAAGUUGUUUAUUUUUCAUACUAUAUAUUUUUAAAUUUUUUUAAUGAAAAAGUGCAAUUCAUUAAGUGCUGUAAUUUUGUUCACAAGAAUAAUAUUUUUUUCACAACUCCACUAGUCAUGUGUAUAAUCAUUGUAAUUUGCAAUGCUACACUAUAUUGUGUGUACAUGUCAAUUCGAGCAAUAAUUUCAAGUGGGCACAUUUCAAACUUAUCUUUUGUGAAUGUGUGGCACUUUUGAAAGGGUAUUUAAUUGAUUUAAAAAAAGACAGUUUUAUAGGUUUAAACAUGGUAUUUAUAGCUGCAUAAGAACAAGUCUAGAAACAGUACAUUUCAGUUCAUUUCACCAUUACGUUUUAUCAUAGUAUUUCAGUUUUUUAAGCAUUUUAGAAACAGUAUAGUAUAUAAAAUACUACUUUCAAGCAAUAAUAUACUGCUGGCCAGUAAAAUAGAAUGAAACUUUAUAAAUGUGGUGUAUACAUUUUUAUGUCCUGCCGUAGAUGGGGUUUUGCCAGAACCACAAAUUGUAUAAAAAUAUGUGCUAACUGAGAAAAGAAUGGGAUUAUAAAGAUGUAUCAAUUAUUGUAGAAGAAAUAAUCCUUUUCAAUUGUAUUGCGAAUGGGAAGAGAUGGAUGUCAAGAUGAUGUUAUCGAUGAACUGUAUUACUUGAAAUUUUCUUAAUAAAUGUUUCAAAAAAUUA